AUGAUUUCUGGUCAGCUCAUUGGUAGCAUCGACGACAAUGACGUGACAUUCCCGGCCAUUGCGCUAAUCGAACUGUGUCUGCUCCCUGGAACUGGUGCCGGGAAUGCUCCUGGUGCAGGUGCUGGCGGUCAACGUGGUGUGGUUCGCAUGGUUCUAGCUCUGGAUCUCUUCUGCCGUAUCGCAACCGAGGUCUUUUAA